AUUUAUUCUGGAGACGAAAACGAAGAAAAGUUCGGUGGGAAAGUCGUUAAUAGCGUUUGCUUCUAUUUGGUUUUCUUCUUCGAUUGAAUUCCAGAAAUAUAAAAAGGGUUUUUUUUAUCCGUACUGGUCACUCAAGUUUUUGCAAUAUUCAUCUGGGUUCUUCAAGCGACGAAAAAGUCAGAAAUAUGGAGUGGCAUAGUUGUCUUGAUGAAUAUGAGAAGCUUGUGAUAAGGAUGACUACUCCCAGGGUGGUUAUUGACAAUUCCGUUUGCCCAACCGCGACUCUGGUCAAGGUUGACAGUGCUAGAAGAUACGGGAUUUUGUUGGACGCCGUUCAGGUUUUAGCAGAUCUGAAUCUUUCCAUUAAAAAGGCUUACGUUUCAUCUGAUGGCCAGUGGUUCAUGGAUGUUUUCCAUGUGACUGAUUUAAACGGAAACAAAUUAACUGAUGAGAGCGUUAUCAGUUGCAUUGAGCAGUCCCUUGAGACCACUGAUCCUGAUAGAACCCACAAGUUCAAUGGUCUAACAGCGUUAGAAUUGAAUGGAACGGAUCGAGUCGGUCUUUUAUCAGAAGUAUUUGCAGUUUUAGCCGAUCUGCAAUGCGAUGUGGUAGACGCUAAAGUAUGGACUCACAAUGGUCGAGUUGCUUCUUUAAUUUAUGUAAAAGACAGUGAAUCAGGAUCUCCGAUCGAGGACUCCGAACAAAUCCACAGAAUCGAAGCAUGUUUGAGGAAUCUUUUGAAAGGAGACAACGGUAUUCAUGGCGCGAAAACUUUGGUUUCCACGGCCUUAACCCACACCGAGAGACGGUUGCAUCAAAUGAUGUUUGCAGAUCGUGACUAUGAGAGGACGCCUAUUCUGCAACACAAGGUAGUUUCACCUGUGGUGGUCACCGUGCAAAAUUGGGACGAAAGGGGUUAUUCGGUUGUGAAUGUGCAGUGCAGGGAUAGAACCAAGCUUCUGUUCGAUGUCGUUUGCACUCUGAUCGAUAUGCAAUAUGUUGUGUUCCAUGCUACCAUCAACACAACUGUGGAUAAAGCAUAUCUGGAAUUUUAUAUUAGGCACACAGAUGGAUCUCCGAUUAGUUCAGAACCGGAAAGACACCGUGUGAUUCAAUGCUUGCAAGCUGCAGUUGAAAGAAGAGCAUCUGAGGGCAUAUGGCUGGAGUUAUGCACAACAUAUAGGCAGGGUCUAUUAGCAGACGUGACAAGAACGUUUAGGGAGAACGGUCUUAACGUGACAAGGGCCGAGAUAUCAACCAUAAGCGACAUGGCUCUAAACGUGUUUUACGUUACCGAUGCAUUCGGGAACGUAGCAGACCCCAAAAUCAUCGAUUCCGUAAGACAAAAGAUAGGCUUAGGGAACUUAAAGGUGAAGGGAUUGCCAUUGCUAUAUCAGGAAAAGGCAGAUGGGGAAGAGAAAGGUGUAGGUGUAGGUGGGGCAGUUUUAACACUUGGGAACAUAGUUAGAAGGAAUCUCUACAAUUUGGGGUUGAUUAAAUCUUAUUAUUGAAGUGGAAACAAUAGGGUAUUUUGGGUGCUCUUUGGCUUGACAAUUGGCAUAUUCUUUGCUUUCCAGGUUUUAUUUGGCCUGUGUACAUAUGAAAAAGAUAGGGGAAAAAAGGUGGAAUUUGGUGAUAUUAGUUGUUAUAGGUGGGUUUGGUUGUUUGAAUAGACAUAAUCCCAUUAUAAAAGAUUUUGGGAGUAAAGAAUUGGAAUGGAAACGAAGAGAAAGUUGGU